GGCCUUCGGCGCCGCGGAGCGCGGAGGUGUUGGGGUCGCAGCGCGGCCGCCCCGGCGCGGCCAUCCCGGCCAUCCGGUCCUCCGGUCCGUCGGUCCGUCGGUCCGUCCCGCCGCCGCAAUGGGCCUCACCGUGUCUGCCAUCUUCUCCCGCAUCUUCGGCAAGAAACAGAUGCGGAUCCUGAUGGUGGGGUUGGACGCUGCUGGCAAAACCACCAUCCUGUACAAGCUGAAGCUGGGAGAGAUCGUCACCACCAUCCCCACCAUUGGGUUCAACGUGGAGACGGUGGAGUACAAGAACAUCUGCUUCACGGUGUGGGAUGUUGGAGGCCAGGACAAGAUCCGGCCCCUCUGGCGGCACUACUUCCAGAACACACAGGGUCUCAUCUUUGUGGUGGACAGCAACGACCGGGAGAGGGUGCAGGAGUCUGCGGAGGAGCUGCAGAAGAUGCUGCAGGAGGACGAGCUGCGUGACGCCGUGCUGCUGGUGUUUGCCAACAAGCAGGACAUGCCCAACGCCAUGGCGGUGAGCGAGCUGACCGACAAGCUGGGGCUGCAGGCGCUGCGCAGCCGGACCGUGAGUGCUGGAGGUUGGGAGGUGGUGGGGCCUGGGUGGGUGUGAAGGGAAAAGCAAGGUGCUCCCAGAAGCGGAUGGGAUGGGAGGAUGCUUGCAGAUGACGCCGUAGGUCGCUCCGGAAGUAAUGCCUCCUGGUUAUUUCCAUGGUUUCUACCAUUCUGGUAGAAAAUGUCCUACGUUUGGGAAACAAUCUUGCAUUUCUGGGAGAAAAUGUCCUGAUUUGGGGAGAAAGCUGGUAUUUCUGGGAGAAAAAUAUCCUAUAUUUGGGAGAAAACUGGUAUAUCUGGCCGACAAUGACAUAUUUCUGGGGAGAAAGCUGGUAUUUCUGGGAGAACCUGUCCUAAUAUUGGGGUGAGAACUGGUAUUUCUAGAAGAAAAUGUCCAAUGUAGUGGAGAAAACAGGUAUUUAUGGGUGAAACUUCCCUAUUUUGAGGCAGAAAUCUGGUAUUUCUGGGAGAAACUUCCCUAUUUUGGUGGAGAAAACUGGUA